GUCUGCAAGGGAUUCCCACAUGGCGGGGUUGGUGUGGGCAGCCCUCACGACACGCGGACAUCUUUGCAAUGCAGAGUUGGUCGGCCGCCAGGCCUGGUGCUGGAAAGCAGCUCCCCGUAGAGCCCGUCCCCGGGGAUCCUGCCAUCUUCCCUUCCGUGGACAUGAGCAAGCCGGGCGGCGCUGAGGCGGGAGUGCGAAGAGGCCGGGAAUGUGGCUUCUAAGAGAUGCUCUUUCCCCUUUGGAAACCUGACAGUGGGGGCAAAGACCGCCGCCCCUGCCCAGCGCAGCAACCCGGCUUGGAAAGGAGGCGGCGGCGGGCUCCCGGCGGCGGGGCGGCCUCGAGGGGGCCAGCGCGUGGCCUCCGCCGGGGAUGCAUUGCCCCGCCCUCCGCUGCAGCUGGUGCCCGGAGCCGGUGAUGCGGCGGCGGAGAAGGCCCAUGGACCCCUGGUGCUGCCUGCGCCCCCCCUGGCGAUGGGGAUGGGGCUGUGCCUGGCUGAGCUUUGCUCUGCUGUGCCUGGCCACACUCUCCUUGCUCUGCCUGCAGUCUGGGCUCGUGCUGCGCUUGGCUCACCAUGGGGCAGGAGGACCCCCGACCUCUGCAGAUGCUGCUUUCUCCCGGAGCCUCCAGCCGCACUCCAGAAGCAACCGGACUCUUCAGCGGCUCCUGGGUGCUGGGCCUGCCAACCUUGCCUCUGCCCAGCAGGCUCCGUUGUGGCACUUCUUCCUCUCUGGCCUGUGGAGAUUCUGGCAUCGCCUUGCAGAGGGGCUGGGGAGGUCCUGGCAGGGUUCCAGGACGACUGUCCAGUUGCAGCCCCUGCCCUGGGCUGCCUGGCAGAAGAAGCUCUCUUCAGGGGUGCUGGGCCCCCGCCUUCAGCAAGUCUUCCAGAACUACCAAGCCAUGAAUAAGUACCGGGUGCCCCCGGGGGCCGCACAGCGCCGAGGGAACCCCCAUGCCGCUGGGACAGAGCUCUUGUGCCAGCUCCAGAGCCGCGUGGCAGUGACCACGCUCCUGGGGGACGAGGGGCCCUUUGCAGACCCAGAGUGGAGGGGGCUGCUGCCCCGCAGGAGCCUGAGGCAGGAGCUGGGCCCCCUGGGGAAGUGUGCCGUCGUCAGCUCUGCUGGCUCCAUGUUGGGCUCCGGUCUGGGCAAGGAGAUUGACUCCCAUGAUGCUGUUCUUCGUUUCAACGGAGCCCCAACUACUGGCUAUGAGCAGGACGUGGGCACCAAAACUACCAUCCGCCUUGUGAAUUCCCAGCUGAUGGCUUCUCCUGAGCAGCAUUUUCUGGAUGACCAACUCUAUGCGCAGGGAGCCUUGGUUGCGUGGGACCCAGCUCCUUUCCCAGGGGACCUGCAGGAGUGGUUCGAGGCCCCCGACUACCCCAUCUUCAGACCCUUCCGAGCGAUGCGCUCCCAGAGGCCCCAGCAGCUCUUCCACCUGCUGCACCCGCAAGUGCAGUGGCAGCUCUGGGGGCUGGUGCAGGAAGGGGCACCUGAGGCAGUACAGCGGAACCCACCCUCCUCAGGGCUGCUUGGGACGGUGCUGAUGCUGUCGCUCUGUGACCUGGUCCAUGUCUACGAGUUCCUGCCCUCGCAGCGCCAGUCUUCACGGUGCCACUACUACCAGGACUUUGUGGAUGAGGCCUGCACACUGGGUGCCUACCACCCGCUGCUCUUCGAGAAGGACCUGGUUCGCCGCAUGAACCAAGGCUCGCCGGCUGACUUGGCCCGGCUGGGGCGGGUGACGCUGCCUGGCUUCCGGGCCCUGAAUUGCACCCUGGAGGAGUAGCAGCCUGGCCAGGGAGGCAUGCCAUGAGGGGAACGGGACACCCCUGCUGCUUAGCGGCCUGCAGCCCCUGGGGGGGAGAUGGGGGGAAGAGGAGGAGACAGGAACUGGGGUCUGAAGGGCGCAGCCAGACCAAGCCAUGGCCCAGGUGGGGGUGCUCCCCACAGACAUCUCAUGGGCCCCCACAGUGGGUGGAGGGCACAAAGGUCCCCCUUGCAGGGCGUAGACGGAGGUGGAUCUUCCUUGAAAAAUAUGAAACUGCAGCUGAAUCCCAGAGGAGCCCCAG